AUGUCAAAUAUGACAGGAGAUGAAGCCAGCUUUUCUUCAGGAGAAGAAGGUGAUGAUGCUAAUAAGCACCUUGCAACCCAUUUCCAUGCUUCCACCUCCCUCCCACCUCCUCCUCCUCCUCCACCACCUCCUAAGAAGAAAAGAAACCUACCAGGAACUCCAGAUCCUACGGCCGAUGUCAUUGCUUUAUCACCAACAACCUUAAUGGCUACAAACAGAUUUGUAUGUGAGAUUUGCAACAAAGGUUUUCAAAGAGACCAAAACCUACAACUGCAUCGACGAGGCCAUAAUCUUCCAUGGAAGCUCAGACAAAGAACUAGCACCGAGAUCAAGAAGCGCGUCUACGUAUGUCCCGAGCCGUCUUGUGUUCAUCACAAUCCAGCUCGGGCACUCGGCGAUCUCACAGGGAUCAAGAAACAUUAUAGUAGGAAACAYGGAGAGAAGAAAUGGAAAUGCGACAAGUGUUCCAAGAAAUAUGCGGUUCAGUCUGACUGGAAGGCUCAUCAAAAGACGUGUGGCACCCGUGAAUAUAAGUGCGACUGUGGCACUAUCUUCUCUAGAAGAGAUAGCUUUAUAACUCAUAGAGCAUUUUGUGAUGCGUUAACCGAAGAGAACAACAAGGUGAACCAAGGAAUGUUACAACAUCAACACAUGUCUGAUCAUCUAAUGUCAUCUAAGUCAAUAGACUCUGGGACCAAUGACUUGAUGGGGUUACCCGAUUUCAACAACUAUGACCUAAAAAACCCAAUCAAACCGCUUCCUCAAGACCUAGUCCCGAUGUCAUUCAAGCCAUUGAAUAUGUCCGGUGGCAUGUUCUCCAGUAGCUCUGGUGCCCUUUCCGGAAACCCAAGAGGUGGAUCCUCGUCAUCUUCCGGGCUACAACUUAGCUCAUCAAAUGGACCAUUAGGGUAUGGGUACUUCCAACAAGAUACUAGUAAGGGUGGAGGGCUGCUUUCUGGGCCCGCAGGCCAUAUGUCUGCUACAGCCUUACUUCAAAAAGCAGCCCAAAUGGGAGCCACUGCCAGUAACGGAAUCAAUUCUCCAAUGAUGCAAAAGAGCUAUGUUACAAGCAUGGUCGGCCCAGAUCAACUCAAUUCACCCGGCCCAAGGCCUACAUUGCCUUACGGGCUCCAACGAGUGGGCCCCUAUGACAACUUCCACAUCCAGCCUAAUCAAACAGCUAUAGGGGCUGGGGGAAGAAUCAAUGUCGGUGGUGAAGGAUACAAUCCUUURCAAAAGCCAAACCCACAAGAUAUGUUUGGGUCGGGUCUAGGCCCGAGCCUGAAUCCCAAUCUAGGUAGYAAUGAAAUGGGAAUCUAUGGUGAAUUGUUAAUGAGAGGAGAUCAAAGUCAUGGAUUUGUAAAAAAUAUAGAAAAUCACGAAGAUGGAAGCAAUGGCAACUCUGUUUUGAUUCAGGGGAGAGGGAAUCCGACCAUGGGGAGAAGCCCAUCAAUAGUAGGCGGAGGUGGCGGUGGCGGCAAUGACACGUUAACAGUUGAUUUCCUAGGGAUUGGAGGAUCGAGAUCGUUAACUAUUCAAGAACAACAACAAAGAUUAAGUGGUUUUGAAGCAGCAAGUCAGGUGAUGAAUCCUUUUCAGCAACAACUUAUCAAUGAGGAUUCUUCGGCCAUUGAAAAGCCCAUUUGGGAUGAAUGA